AUGAGUGCGGCUCCAGGUCCGCGGGAUUACGACCAUCUCUUCAAGUUGCUAAUCAUUGGUGAUAGUGGAGUUGGAAAAAGUAGUUUACUGCUUCGAUUUGCGGACAAUAUAUUUUCUCCAAAUUAUAUCACAACAAUAGGUGUUGACUUUAAAAUUAGAACGGUUACAAUUAAUGGACAACGAAUAAAAUUGCAAAUAUGGGACACAGCAGGCCAAGAAAGGUUUCGCACAAUUACUUCCACUUACUAUCGUGGGACGCAUGGUGUAAUUGUUGUUUAUGAAGUAACUAGUGGUGACUCAUUCAGCAAUGUAAAACGGUGGUUGCAUGAAAUUGAUACAAAUUGUGAAAAUGUGCAAAAAGUUCUUGUUGGAAAUAAAGCUGAUGAUCCAGAACGACGAGUAGUGCUAGAAAUCGAUGCUCGUCGAUUUGCAGAGACGAUGAAAAUUCCAUUUUUUGAAACUUCUGCUAAGGAAAACAUCAAUGUUGAAGAGAUGUUUAAUUGUAUAACGCGAUUAGUAUUAGAAGCAAAACUUCGAGCUCCUCAACCUAUUUUUCCUAAUAGUGCUGGCGGUGUGCGAUUAGGCUCCAAUUUCAAGCGGCAAGAAAAGAAAAAGUGCUGCAGCUGA